CCAACACACACCACUCCACACGUCCCGACACGUACGUGCUCUGCCAGUACUUGCACGGCUCCGUCCGCAGAGGACGUCCCGGACGCUCUAGCUGUGCGCGCCGAGUCCCCAGCGAUGGCGACGACAACCGAGUCAUCCCCGGCCGUCGUCGGCGGCGGCGCUAAUAACGCUAGGGCGUGGGAGUGGGAGGGGAAGGUGGUGUCGGCGGUGCCCGCGGCGACGGCGGACGAGGCGUGGGCGCUGCUGUCGGACUUCCUGGCGUUCCACCGGUGGCACCCGCGGGUGGCGGCGUGCCGGCUGGCGUCGGGCACCCCGCGCGCCCCCGGCUGCGUGCGCUACUGCGAGGGCACCCCCACCGCCGGCGACGGCGCACCGCCCCCCGACUGGGCGCACGAGACGCUGCUCGAGUACGACGCCGACCGCCGUUUCUUCCGCUACGAGAUGAACGACAACAACAUGGGCUUCGGCCUCUUCUUCGCCACCUUCCGCGUCGUCCCGGCGCCCGCCGCCGGCGCCGGGUGCGAGCUGCGCUGGGAGUUCGAGUGCGAGCCCGUGCGCGGCACGCCCAGGGAGGCCCUCGUGGCGCGCCUCCAGGCCGGGCUCGACGGCAUGGCCGCCCGCGUCCGCGACCACGUCCUGGCCGCGCGCACCGGCAGCACUACGGCCGCCGCCGUUGUCGCGGGUCCGGAGGCCGCCGCCGGCGAGCUCAAGCUCGACAACUCCAUCGCCGUCUGAUACAACGCCGCCCGUACGCACGUCACGUUCGUUUGCUGGUGCUCACGCUUACGUUGUCACUGUCGCGGUUAAGUUGUUGUCUCUGUCUCGAUCGUCCUGCAUGUACGAAUACGAUAUGUGACCGUACGGCUGAUUACUACUACUCGUACUACCACCACGUUCUCAUCUCACCGUAUAUGUGUACGUAUACGUUACGUGUACUGUAAGCUGGGAAUAAAUGUAACGGCGUUUUUAAUUAC